CUGAUCGCUGCAGUGAGCUGAGAGCCCCAGACCGGCAGAGACCAACUGUCAUGAAAGACAAAGUGCUACAUGCCCAGAAUGGACACUCAUGUCCUCCAGCGGGGAAGCAGGUCAUCCAGUGCUUCAGAUGUGGGAAGUCAUGCAAAGGAGAGGUGCUGCGAGUCCAGAGUGGCUACUUCCACAUAAAGUGCUUCACAUGCAAAGUGUGCGGCUGCGACUUGGCUAAAAGUGGCUUCUUCAUGAAGAACGGGGACUUUCUCUGCCCGCUGGACUUCCAGCGACUCCACGGCACUCUGUGCAGCAACUGUGGGGAGUUUGUGGAGGGAGAGGUGGUCACGGUGUUGGGAAAGACUUACCACCCAGCCUGCUUUGUGUGCACCCUUUGCAAGCAGCCUUUCCCUGCUGGGGAUUGUGUCACCUUCAGUGGAAAAGAGUGCCUCUGUCAGCGCUGCAUCGAACCCGCGUCUCCUUCUCCUAAAGACGUCCGCCGCUCCAACAAUUGCGCCGGCUGUGGCAGAGACAUCAAGAACGGCCAGGCUCUGCUGGCUCUGGGUGGUCAGUGGCACCUGGGCUGCUUCAAGUGUAAAGCCUGCAGGAGAGUCCUGAGUGGAGAAUACAUCAGCAAAGAUGGCGUUCCCUACUGUGAGAGAGACUACCAGAUUCAGUUUGGGGUUCAGUGUCACGCAUGUCGCAAGUUCAUAACAGGAAAAGUCCUCGAGGCCGGAGACAAACAUUAUCACCCCAGUUGUGCAAGAUGCAGCAGAUGUGACAAAAUGUUCACAGAAGGAGAGGAGAUGUAUCUGCAUGGAUCGACAGUUUGGCAUCCAGACUGCAGAGACAGCAGCCGGACUGAGGACAGUUACAGGGUCCGCAGACCAAAAACACCCUCGCUUGAUUUCUUUUACCCCAAACAUGAACUGAAGCCCACUCGAUCAUCAUCUGAAAGCUCCAGCUCCAGACCAGGCUCAUGCACUCCAGGAAGUCCUGGUCGAAAUAUCUGUGCAAAAGUAGAUAAUGAGAUCAUUGAUUACAGAGACUUAGCAGCAAUUCCCAGAGUCAAGGCUAUAUAUGACAUAGAGCAUCCUGAUAUGAUAUCCUAUAAGUCUGUGAACGGCAACUCCUCUACUUUGGACGAAAAAGGCAACAGACAGGACAGGCAAAGUCCUGCAGAGUCGCCUGGAAACAUAUCUGAAACCAAGGAGGAGAGUUUGGAAAUGAGAAUCCCCAAAUCUCGAAGUCACGGAUCUUUUGGAGUUCACGCGCUGUACAACCGCCACAGCUACACUCCGACUCUGUCCAGGUCGCCUCAACACUUCCACCGACCAGGGCUGAUGCUUUCUCCCUCUUUACUCUCUGGCAACAAUGACACCUGCCCCACUUCUCCUUUAUGUCACCACUUUCUCUCUCAAACCAAAGCAGACGAAGGCUUCAACAUGUACAGGAGGCCUCCCAUUUAUAAACAGCAAGAUUCCAAUUCCUCCACGUCCCAGACGUCCUCUUUCCUUGGUUAUGGUCACAAUGAGCUUAAUCUGCCACAGUCAGAGUUUUCCCACUACAGCGAUGACAGAGUCAGAGAUUUCAAGCUCAUCCUCGACUGCCAACAUCUAUUAACACGACUGGACAGAGGAGUGUCUAUGCCUAAUUUGCUGGAACCAAAAGUCUACCCAUAUGAAGUUCUUGCAGUUACCAACAGAGGACGAGUGAAGCUUCCCAAGGAUGUCGACAGAACAAGACUUGAGCGUCACCUAUCCCCCGAUUCAUUCUUCGAGAUCUUUGGCAUGGAGAUUAAAGAAUUUGACAGACUUCCCCUUUGGAAACGUAAUGACAUGAAGAAGAGGGCAAACCUCUUCUGAAAGAUGCCAUAACGCAGACUUUAACUCUUCUCUUGAUAUGCAGUAUACAAGUUCUGAUUAACCUUUUUGUUUAUUUCAUUGCAUUUAGCACAACAAAUAGCACUAUUUUACCUGAGAACGAGACAGAUCACAACUUUCCAGGGACACAACACUGUGUUUCCUGUGAGUCUCUGUAGACUGGAACACCUCAGAACACAAGAACUCAUCUAAGCUCGGGUGAUAGAGACACAUUAUUCGUGUAAGUCAGCUCUGUGUCCCCAUUAAUUAUGUUCAUAUUGGACAAGUCAUCUGUAUACAAUUUAUGAGC